GUCGACGCGUAUGAAAUUGCCGAGCUCAGCAUUCUUCUCCACAGGCACUUAGGAAGGAGAGAAGAAAAAAAAACAAAAAAACAAAAACGGGAUGAGUUGGGCGGGAGGGUUUCUGCUGCACCACAUUACUGGCUCUCUUCCAAUUAAAAAAGAGAGCUUAUGUUACUGAAAAGCCGUGUACCCAAUCAGGAGGCAGCGCAGGGUAAAGAUAGCUGGAUAAAAGCGAGYGGGAGAGUGGGCAAGAGGAYGAAAAAAAGGAAAAGAAAAACUGCAGUGUUGUCUCGGAGUCUGCGGAGAAAGGGAACAUCUCAUUGUCAGGGGGAACAUCCUGCACAGAAGGACUUUGGACUGAAAACACUCACUGUGAUAACUUCCAGCUAAGACAACAGAUUUUGGCUGGACUGAGCAGCCUUAGUGAUGAAGUUUAACUUGUUCAAGCAAGAAACAACGCCUAUGGUCGCAGCAAAACCAACGGGGGCCAGUGACUCGACGGUUACUCCAGCCCCCGUAGGGUUGGUCUCCGCUGGAAACGCCACGGAGCCAGUCAACAAGAACGAUGCCUUUGAUGAGAUCAAAAACAAGUUCCUGAAUGAAAUCGACAAGAUCCCACUGCCAUCCUGGGCCAUCAUUGCCAUUGCCGUGGUCGCUGCUUUACUGAUUCUAACGUGUUGCUUCUGCAUCAUCAAGAAAUGCUGUUGCAAGAAGAAGAAGAACAAGAAGGGCAAGAAGGGGAAGGGUGACAUGGGAAUGAAGAACUUAAAAGGAGAGAAACCCCAGGAUGAUGACGAUGAAGAAGAUGAUGUUGAGCCAGGCCUAACUGGAGAUGAGAAGGAGGAAGAGGUGAAGGAGAAGGAAAAGCUUGGGAAGCUGCAGUACUCCAUUGAUUAUGAUUUCCAGGAAAACAAGCUAACAAUAGGAAUUCUACAAGCAGCUGACCUCAUCUCUAUGGACAGUGGAGGCACUUCAGACCCCUACGUCAGAGUCUUCGUCCUGCCUGAUAAGAAGAAAAAGUUUGACACAAAAGUACAUAAGAAAACACUCAACCCAGUCUUCAAUGAGACAUUCAUUUUUAAGAUCCCGUUCACUGAAAUGGGAGGGAAGACUCUGGUGAUGGCCGUCUAUGACUUUGACCGCUUCUCCAAACACGACAUCAUUGGAGAGAUUAAGAUACCCAUGAACACGCUGGACCUUGCAAAACCAAUCGAAGAGUGGAGAGACCUCGACAGUGCUGACCAAGAAGAGCCAGAGAAGCUUGGUGAUAUCUGCAUCUCUUUACGUUACGUCCCGACUGCUGGCAAACUCACCAUCUGCAUCUUGGAGGCUAAGAACCUAAAGAAAAUGGAUGUGGGAGGACUGUCAGAUCCCUACGUAAAAAUUAACCUGCUGCAAAAUGGAAAGAGGCUGAAGAAGAAGAAGACGACAGUAAAGAAGAAUACUCUGAAUCCUUACUACAACGAGUCCUUCAGCUUUGAGAUUCCUCUUGAGCAAAUGCAGAAAAUCCACGCCGUCAUCACAGUGCUAGAUUAUGACAAGAUCGGCAAGAACGAUGCCAUCGGGAAGAUUUGGGUGGGAAGCAAGUCCACGGGGGCUGGGCUGAAACACUGGUCCGACAUGCUGGCCAACCCCCGCCGCCCGAUUGCCCAGUGGCAUCCGCUGCAGCCAGAAGAAGAGGUGGAUGCCGCCCUAGCAGCGCUGACUGCCAAGAAGUAAAAUUAAGAAAAAAAAAAACAAACUCCCACCACCCGCCCCCACACUUUCCUACCUUUGCAUAUCCAGUUGUUUCACGCAAGUCCCACAUAUCAAUGUAUAUUCCAGAAGAACACCCAAAUCUGCUCCUUCCAGCACAUUUCUGUCCCACAGCCAUCAUUUUAAAAGAUCCAUAGAAACUAUUUGACAUGAUGGAAAAUGUAGUUUAAAAAAAAAAAUCAUAUUAUAUUAAGUCAUGUCACUAAGAAAAGAAGACAAGUUGCAGGAUGGACAAAUACUCAGUCAUUUUUGUUUUAGAUCUAUUUUUAUAUCGGAGUUGUGGUUCCAUUAUUAAGCUUACAGAGUAGACUAUAAGAGGAGUGUUAUUUGGGAAUCUAGUGAUUUAGAGGGAUGACACGUACAUUCAUUCAUAUUCUACUUCUCACCCUUUUUCCCUUUAGUGACAAAGUUUGCUUAGAAUAGUGCUUAACAAUAAAAUGCUUUAUACUGCCAUAUGAUAGAGAAACAACACAAGCAGGUCCAUUCCGUAGGUGUUUUGUGCACCAUAUCCCACACCUGCCAGUUAUCAUCCUAGAUGAUUCUGUUAGUUGGAAGUACAUUCCUAGAGUUGGGUAGCAAAGUAGGGAUUAGAUCCAGUUGCCCACAAACACUGCCUUUUUGGAUUAGUUACCCUUCCGCCCAUCGUCUCAGGAGAACUGAGAGGAAAAACUCCAUGCCUUUUUUUUCUAAACGGGUUCUUAUUGUUAGCAGUUAUACAGCGUGAUGAGAAAAAACAAUAUGUUACACUAAAAUUGUAAGAAUUCUGCUGACCUUAGGCUUAUGACUGAAGUUAGUAAAACCACAGUUUAUUGAGUUAUAUGGAGGGUAUGACAGAUAAUUUGCAAAACAAAAAACAAAAAAAAAACGUGUGCUUGUGUAUUUUAAAUUGUGUUAAAAAAAAAAGAAAAAAAAAAAAAGCAACGUCUGUCAUCCGUACUACAAAAAAGUUUGGAAAUACCAGAGCGGCUACAAAAAGAGAGACUGAUCCCAACCACAGCUGACAUUAUAUUUACAAGGUGUCGAUUACUGCCUACAGCCCUCGACGUUCCCCUCCCGACAUCUCUGAUUCUGUAUAUCACUUGUUCAGUGUUACUGCCAUUAGUCAUGGACUUGACACAAGGGUUUUUACUUCAAAGGAAUCCCUAUAACCGUCUUACAGUCAUAAAGGAGACAAGCCUUCCAAGUAACAAAAUAAGCAAUUUUCAACUACCAGGGACGCCUUCCAGUUAGAGGUGUUGUUCUCUUCCUUUCCUUUUUUUUUGUUCUACUUAUUUUUUCUUGUACUUAAUCAUUUAUUUUAACUUCAAACACUUUUAUUCCUUAAGCACUUUAAUUCCUAACGUUUUGUGUACAUACGUUCAGAAGUCAGAGCUUUAACAAUUUAGGGAGAUUCAUUUUGUUGCUUUUGCUUCUGCUUACUUUGGCCUCAGCUUAUAUAUGUUUGUGUGUGUGUGUGUGUGUUUUGAAUUGUUUGGAUUACAAUUAUUUCACUUAACUGCAAAAAGUCUGGAAGAAAUCGCACUGAUCCAUGUGUAUUUUAUGCACAGCUUACCAAACUGUCGAUUGUGAAUUGCACUAGCAAGUAUUGUUCUGUCCCGACGCUGUUCUUAGCGUGUGUUUUUCUUCUCCUGAGUGAUAUAGCGUGAUGAAAUUGAUCAUUUCUGUGGCACACACAGACGAGUCUUGUCUUGCGAAUGGAAGGGAAAAGAAACACAUUGAGUUCAGUGCUGCUUUGUCCUCUCUUCCCACAGUGACACAGUGCAGUAUAGAGAGCCAAAGUCGGUUCCAGGUAACUGUAACUGAUUUUUUGGACUAAUUUCGACCGUUUCACACAUAACAUCUCUCAAAAUGUGAUUUCAGUUAGUCUGCUCAGGUGGACAACUCCACUUAGACUGAAUAAUCAAUGUGAUGUCAAAUUAUUAACUUUAUAUAUGAACUAUAAAUGUUUUAAAAAGCUGCUAUUGAGCUUUUAUGGCCACAUUUUUGACUGAUAUCGUUCAUCCAGUGACACUGAAAUGACACUUCAGGAAACGCUCUCUACACAUUCCUGUCCAAUUCACCUAUCACGCAGCUAUUUCCUCUUUCAAUUUAAAAAUGUGUUUCUGCAAAAACAAUGAAAAUAUUUGCCGUAACUAAAAGGGAAAGAUCACCAUUCAUCAUCUUAUUGAUCAAGAAACAUAUUUACAAUUGUAAGCAGUUACAAAUAUCUCUGAGAUCAUUUGGCUCUUUAUAUUUGUACGUUUAGAUUCUGAGAGAAAUUUUUUGAACGAAAACUUGCAACAAACAACGCACUCCUAGAGCUCAUCACCCGUGAAUAAAAUCAGUUAAAUGCUUAUUAGGUUUGGUGAGUAUUUGGAGCCCACUAUGCUUUUUCACAAGAAAACUUCCAGUUAGCUUUCUGUAUAGCAAAUGCAGGUACAAACAUUUGAUUGCAUUUUUUUGGGGUGUGAAAUUUCUGUUUUUUUCUUUCUUUUUCUUUCUUUUUUUUUUUUUUUAGAUAUUUAUAUAUAUAUAGAACAAUCAAAACCAAAUUUCUGUUUGUCAUCUUGCACAAUUCUUUGUUUUUAAAGCAACACUAAAGAAAAAGGCAACAUGGAAGCAAUCAAGCAACUCAUUGGUGUGUAGUUUUGCCUAUAUACAUAGUUCAUACACGUUGGUACUGCAUGUUUAUAAGAACUACUGUACAUAAGAGCAUGUUUUAGAGACGACGCAAAAAUAACUUGUGUACGUUAAAUGGGUGUCAUUUGCCAUUUUAAUAACACAGCAAACUGAAAAAAAAAAUGCACUGUAUAUUUUCUAAAUAGAACAAAGUGUGUAUUUAUUUUCCAUGAGGGUCAUUGGAGAGAAUGUCAUGCAAAUAUUAGAGUACUAUUACAAAUAGGAAUCUUUCCACGCCUGAAAACUCUUAAGCAAGUGUGUCGUCCAGUGCUGUGUGUGAGUUCAUGUAGGAAGAAAAAUGUAGCCGCAUGCUUGCUAUGUAAAUUCCUUGUGCUCAGAUUUUUUUUUUUGGCACCAUUUAUUUGCCAUUUAUUUCAUUACUGUACCUUUUAAAAAUAUUAGCGAUUGUUAAUUAUGCUACAGUUUCUAUUUUAUUUAUUUUUUUAAUUAGAAAAUUGUUAUAUUUUAUUUCAACCAGGGGAUCUCCAAGUCUGCAGGACUAUUUCUUUCUCUCUUAUUUUUAAGUAAGUAAUGCAGAUUAAACUUGAUGUUAUUCUGGAAUAGCUUAUUUGGAAAAACAAUGUAUGAAAUUGAUUCUAGGAGUUAUUUAUGCCAGCACUAGCCAAGACUAAAGUCAUACGGACCAUAUCCUACCUUAGGAUGCAUUUCCAGGGCCAAACUGUGAAUAAGCCCUUUUCCACUGAACACAAAUGACUUGGAGUCCUCUCUCUCUCUCUCUCUCUCUCUCUCUCUCUCUCUCUCUCUCUCUCUCUCUCUCUCUCUCUCUCUCUCUCUCCCCUUUAUUACUGUUGCUAUCAUUUUUAAUCAGAAGAUUAUUUUCCCUCUUUCUGUUUGACUGACCUGAUACAUGUUACAGAUUGUGUCUCUUUUACUCUGUUACUAUACAAUGGGUGUACUUGUAAGCAAAAUAAAUUAAUAAGAUGAAAACAACUAAAAGCCAUAAAACUCAAGCACUAACUCUUUAGAGCUCUGCUGAACAGCUAGAGUUUAUUUGUGAGGGAACAACAAAUCUGACGUCUUCAUUUUUCCAUGAAUAAUGUUCCUUCUCACAUUCCUUUUCUAAAGUCUUUGUUCAACCAGAGGGAGAAAACCAUUCUGCUGUCUGUGUGAGCGUGGAGAACAGCUGCCAAUUCAGGAGAGCAAGUGUAUUUUUUAUUUUAUUUAUUUAUUUAUUUUUUUGAGUGGCUGGUGUCAUUGUUGGUUGGUGAUUUUACAGGAUUGUGUUUGGUCAUGUUUGAUUAGCAUAAAUAAAUAAUAUUUACAAUUAUGACAUUGAAUUCUGAGUAAUAAGGCUAAAACUAUAUGUGUGAGAGUGUGUUCUAUUUUAGGGCUGAGUGCAAUUUGUGACGCAAACUGGGUCAAGCUGCUAGUUUCUGUUCUCCCAGUUUGAGAAAAAGAACUCAUACAAUCAAAUAAUAAUAAUAAUAAUAAUAGUGAACCUCUGCAUUAUUUUAGAGGCUAUUAGCAACAGUAUUUGUUCUUUUUUUAAAUCAACUGCUCAGCAAGAAUGAAUAAAUUGAAAGAAAAAAAAAAAUCAAACCUAAAAUUUAAGGCUGAAUCCCUCCCACAGAACUAUGCAUAUGUUUAUUUUUCAGACUUGUGUCUACAACUCUACAACUUGCUUUCUUGCCCUGAGUUAUGUAUAAAUGACAACCUCACACAUCGGCAUAUGCUGAUGUUGCUCAGUCAGAAAAGCUUACAGGUUCAUAAAAUGGCUUUUGGUGUGUAAAACCAUAUCCACAAAACAAUCAGCAAUAAACCUUUUUUUUUUUUUUUUUUACCUGAGACAUUAAACAUGUUUAUUUCAGGCAUUUUAACGUUACAGGAUACAACUUAUGUUUAGUCUUUUGCAGUAAAGCCAAAUAGAUUUAAAACAAUAGUUUUACCUCAUUCUUUUUCAGAGAAAGUAAAAAAAAGAAGAAUGCUGGAGAAGAAAGUAAAAAUGUAAUAAAAAUGUUUUACACUUUACCUGAAACGUAAUCUGGAACAUUUAAGGGUUUUUGUCCCUUUCACAACAACUAAAGAAAAUUAAUAGAAAAGUAAAGCCAGGUUUAAACAUGUAUUCAUUUAUUUUGAAUAAUAUAGAAUUAUUCCCCGUUUUAAGAUCUAAGUGAGAAAUAAUUGAUUUAGCUUGUUUAUAUUUAUGAUAAUGGUACAAUUUACGUAGGAAAUUGUAUAUUUUUAACGGGUCAACAAAAUUUUACACCUCUAGGCAAAUUUCAUUUUACAGAGAAAGAAAAAAGUUGCUCUUUUGGAUUGAAUGUUGCCGACCUGUGCUGGUAGCAAACAUUUGAACAUUUCAUCUAGAUUACGUGAGAAAGUGGCUUCAACUCUCCCUUAACUUUUGGCAAGAAAGCAAACAAGCCCAUAUUUUCCAAAAUGUUGAAGCAUUUUUUUAAAUGUUUUUGUUUGAUGUAAGUUGCUGCAGUUUCCUAAAUUGAACUGCCACGUCCGUCAUGACAACAAUCUUCAAUGUGCUGCAUAAAACUGAUGCUCCACAUUCUCUUAACGCAAUACAGCAACAAUCACUGUCCCAUCAAUGCCAAUGACUGUGACCAAAUGAUGCACUGAGAGCAGGUUUCAGUGUGUUUUAGAAAUACUGCCACCACCUGAUUACGCCUGCCAGCAUUUAUCUCCACAGUUUAACUCUGCACAGCCGAUAUCACAGGAGAAACUACAAUAGGAAAGCACCAAAUAUAAAAAAUAAAUAAAUAAAUAAAAUUGCAAAGGUACAUUCAUGGUGCAUUUACAAAAGUCUUUGUUUCCUUUUAAAACCUGGGUCAUCACACAUACACAAGAUCCUCAGACGAUAUGGUGGACUGAGACUGGUGAGCUGUGAUUGUGUUCUUGUGUAUGUGGAAUCAUAAAAUGUCCAAAACAUUGCUUAAAAUCACAGAGUUAGAUUAUGCUACUCUCAGUACAAGUCUGCAUGCAUAUUGUUAUUUUUUUAUGUAUGAGUAACACGGUAAAAAUAAAAGCUUUAUGGUUUAAAAAUGGCUAGUGAUCUGUUUCCCUGAUUGCCGAGUGCAUGUACUUGUCUACAAAUGCAUCUGCAGUCGCCCUGCUUCAGCUGGGCAAAGACAGUUUUAGAACACCGUUCACACAUGUGUGAUUUGUUUCUGUCUUGUUUUUUUUUUUAAACAAACACUGGGAUUUAAAAAGGGAAACUGUGCAAAAUUCAGUCCAUUUGACAGUCGAAACGUGAUGUCGAGACCUGCAGCGGGUAAAGGCGCUGCUUUGAAACAUGCUGGUUCUCUUGUCAGUUGCUGUAUUUCUUCUUGCUCUCUCUGUGCAUAGGCGCAAUCACUUUUGUUGUUUAUUUUUUUUAUUCUGUGUAUCCCUGAUGUAGAAAGUGGAGCUGUGUUUGAAACGACGGCACAGAUGCGUCUCCAUGCUCUCUCCUCAUUUGCUUUCUGCUUGUGUCCUUGUCUGGUUUCUGUGUAGCCGAUUCCGUCACUGUCAUCGAGGUGAAUAGGAGCCUGAAUCUGCUUUUGCAGAGCAUAAGGAACCACCGGCCUUCAUGUUAACAACAUGGACAUACUGUAUACUGUCAAACAUGCAGGGCCGUACCGACCUCCCCCCUUGAGCACUCAGUUCUCCACCUCUGUUCCAUCAUGCAGCUGUUUUCUCGAGACUCAUUUGUUUUCCCAGCUUCACCUUCUUCUCUUCAUCCUCUUUUAAAGCAUCGGAGGACAGUCAGGUUACGUCCCCUAGCUGUGUUUCUUCGUGUCUAGUGUUGUGGUGCGCGUGUUCAUGUCAGUACUUGUGCCUACUGUGGAUCGCAUGCUUUAGCCUUUGACUGGACACAAACGUUGCUCACAAACUCCUCUCGACCCUUAUGUGGACAUACGUUGGGGAUCCUUCUGAAGUUAUCAAGGGAACCAAAUAACUUAUUACAAAUUUAUCUUAUGUGUUGCCAGUUCUGUAAAAACAAAUAGGAAAUAAAGGCCUUUUAAUAACCAUGA